GGAUGUCAUUGUUGUCCUAGUCUGUUAUUGUACAGCCUGACAGUUUCUUCACACGUGGGCGCGCUUUGUGACAUUUCUUUCCCUUGAUCGCUUGGUGAAACGCAUGUAUUGCGCAAAACCGUUGCAAGAACACCGGUUACCACGAUAACUUGAAUGUACCUAUCUUGAAAAGCAAUUCUGCCGAGUUCCACUUAUUCGUUCUCAAUCUUAUACUGUAGCCAAAAUGAAUGUAAUAUUGAUGGAACCUUGCGUGCUUACGCCUUUCCCCCGACAGUUAGUCUUCUUUCUUCCCCCGUCCCGAAAGCAUCGUCACUGAAGAUUUAGAUUUAGCCCUUCGCAUUAUUCAGCGAUAAAUAGUCCUCAAAUUCAAAAACUUAGAUGAACCCUGGUAUGAGCGUUAUUACACACGGAAAUUAUUAUAGGGGUGCUGUGGUCACCUGGGUUUCAGAUGACGGAAGUGAGCGUAACUCUCAUGUGGUAGGUCUUUCUGCAACGAGUGGACUCUGCGUUGUGGUCCUCCGGCCUACAGGCGUCACUAGUGAGUACAAAUCACUAGUGGGGUGUUGCCCUCUUCUAGGGAGGAGCGGCCAAAGAGUGUUCCGAUAUCACGUCACCCGGCGUGACCGACAGCGGCUACGCUUCUAUGAUCACUUAACUUCUCCUCGGCCGCUAAAAUCAAAUCUGGAACAGUCGCCCGCAGUUUCAUCGUCAUCUGUUGUAUUGCGUAGUGGGCUGUUCCAUUAUGGCUUUUCUGUACGAGUACGUCACGCAGGAGCAACUCGCAGGCUUCGACAAGUACAAGUACAGCGCAGUGGACUCCAAUCCUCUGUCAGUCUACGUCAUGCACCCUUUCUGGAACGUUGUGGUGAAGUUUCUACCAAAGUGGCUGGCUCCAAACCUCAUCACGUUCACCGGCUUCAUGUUCCUGGUGGUGAACUUCCUCAUGUUGGCCUUCUACGACUAUGACUUCAACGCCUCGGCCAUCGGACAUCAGCAUGUGCCGAGCUGGGUGUGGGUGACGGCGGGGAUCUUCAACUUCCUGGCCUACACGCUCGACGGCGUGGACGGCAAGCAGGCGCGCCGCACCAACUCCUCCACGCCACUCGGGGAACUGUUUGACCACGGACUGGACAGCUGGGCUUGCAUCUUCUUUGUGGCCACUGUCUAUUCUAUAUUUGGGCGUGGUGCCAGCGGUGUGGGCGUGGCCACGCUUUACUACAUCCUUUGGGUGGUGCUGUUCUCCUUCAUCCUGUCGCAUUGGGAAAAGUACAACACAGGUGUGCUUUUCCUGCCGUGGGGCUACGACAUCAGUCAAGUGACCAUCUCCCUGGUCUACGUGGUGACAGCAGUGGUGGGCGUGGAGACCUGGUACCAGCCUGCCCUGUUCCACUUUCUCUACAGAGACCUUUUCACCUUCAUGAUAGUGGCCUGUUCCUUCCUGGUGACGUUGCCUAUGAGCCUCUGCAACGUGUUCAGGGCGUACCGCAGCAACUCGUUGAAACACAGCAGUGUGUACGAGGCCUUCCUGCCCUUCCUGUCGCCCGUGCUGCUAUUCGUCCUGUCCACCGUUUGGGUGCUCUUUUCUCCUUCCGCCAUCCUGGAGCUGCAGCCCAGGCUCUACUACCUCAUGGUGGGCACGGCCUUUGCCAACGUCACGUGCAAGCUGAUCGUCUGUCAAAUGAGCAACACGCGUUGCCAGCCGCUGAGCUGGUUGCUGCUACCGAUGGCCGCCGUGGUGACGCUGGCCGUGUCGGGCCUGGUGGCCGAUGAAAUGCUGUUGCUGCACUUGUGGACGGCCGUCGUCGUGCUGGCGCACAUACACUACGGCGUGUCGGUGGUCCAACAACUCAGCGGCCAUUUUGGCAUCUUAGCCUUCUCGCUGAAGAAGCCCAGCAGUGACUGACACGAGGACGAACGAAUCGGCUUGAAAGGAGCGGAGGUCUAGACACACCCCCGGUACACCUUUUCUCUCUGCUCAACGACAUGUCACCGCGGCAACCGUAUCCUCUCCGUUCAGCGAGGGAUGCCCCAAAACGCACACACAUGCAGACACAUGCACAAAUGGCCAUCCAACUCAAUUUCUUUGAUAAUGGGGGAACGGGAGGGGCAGGGGGGGCUUCAGAGAUGCUCCGACUUACCUCAUUGGAGGAUUGUCGCACUGUGUCGAGCCAAUGAGGUGCGAGUGUUUCCUACGGAAAUGUGUUCCAUUUACGGGCUGGGGAGCCUAAACACGCACGCCCACAGACUUGCACUGAUCCACUGUCUGCUUUCAGGUAGACACACACUAUUAUAGUAUUAUGAAUGUAUCCUAUUAAUAAGCCUUGAUGGGAACUCGGACUCAACUCGAAAGUCUUAUUUCGCUCCUUAAUUCAUUGGAAGUAGACCCGACUAAUGGAUCAUUUUGAAUACGCUUCUCACUGGUGGCAAUCGGAUGCGGAUGAUGCAGGGAGGUGUCACGUCUUUCACGCUGAUUUGUUCUUUUCGGUGUCAGUGGGUUGUGUUGUCGUGGCGACGGCAGCCGCUUGAAUGAAGAGUGUGUCCCAAAAACCGCAUGUGGGAAGGGAUUUACUCUGAGGGGAAGGAGCGCAUGCUGCCGGCCUUUCUUUUUUAUUUUUUAUUGUUGUUGUUGUUAGGAAACCAACUUUUUAUAACGGUAAUGAUUGACAGCCUCGUUAGCGAGUGCCAGAGUCUGCAACUUGGCUCGGAAUGCCUGGCCAAUGGGACAUGAGUGUUGAGGAAAAGCCUGCAUGUGUUUCAAGCACAGUCAAGUAAACUCAAGUGUGUGUGUGUGUGUGUGUGGGUCUUUGGAUUUCAUACAUUGAUUAACAUGUAAUAAUGUCCAUUGUUGAUCUUUAAUAUUUAAUAGUCUCUGUGUGUGUUGGGAAUCUGGAAAAGGAACGACUGACAGAAUAUAGAAGAUGAACGCAAACAAUUGAUGGAUCUAUAAUAGUAAAUUAAUGAGCCACUGUGAUCAAUGGCUGAUUUGUGUGGUGCUAUUUACACUCCGUGUUAUUAAAAAAUGUCCAGCAAGUGACCGCCCCACCCCUCAUUAACCAAUGUGUUGUGCGCACCACUAUUUGUUUUUGUUUCUAUUUUUUUAUGAAAAAAUGGGGAGGAGAAUGCGUGCAGUGAUUUCUACUCCUGAUAAGUUCCUGAAAAUAUCUGAAUAAAUGCUACUCAAACUGGAA